AUGCGAACUCUCUCUAUAUUCUUUUUCGCUUGUAUUUCUUCUUCAGUCCUCGGACAAAUCAAUGAUACCACCCGACAAAUUGUGCAAGAAGCUCUUUUCGAGGCGUUGAACAGUGUGGACUCUGCGUUUUCCUCUGAACCAUCCGUUGCCGACGGAGAAAUCGUUUCCUCUCAAAUCGCUAAUGAAGAAUCCAAGAAACUUCAGUUCACCGGAGACGUGUUGGAAGUUGCCACGCAGCUGUUGGUCCAAAAGUAUGGAGUUGGAAUUUUACCAGCCGCUAAUCAGGUGCUAGAGGAGCUCAACGCCGGAGAGACCGUGGCAAGGAAGAAGAGAAGUGUGGAUUCAGAUGAGGAGGAAGGUACUGAGGAAUCCGCCGACAGCUUUGUAGCCGGACUCCGUCAGAAGAGACAGUCAAGAGGAAAGAGACAAGGAGGAGGUGGACGUGGGGGAGGUGGACGUGGUGGAUCCGGAGGAAGGAGCCAAGAACAAGACGGAAGAAAGAAGAGAAACUCCGGAGAGAACACUUCUGGAGGACCCGGAAGCACUGAGUACUCCAACCCCACCAGCAACCAAACCUGCCAAGGACCACCGAAAAGUUGCUCCGAUCCAGUCCACGACCGUAUCCGAUCCAUCACUGGUUACUGUAACAACAGAGGAAAGCCAACGCAAGCCAACUCGGUGACAUCAAUUAGAAGAUUGUUGGGUACUACUAGCUACACUGAUGGUCUUGGAACAAUCCGAAGCAAAUCUGUCACUGGCGCGGCUCUCCCAUCCACUCGUUUGAUCUCCAACAAACUUCAUGACGAGGGAUCGACACCAAACUUCUCGCCAUCCGUAAAUCAUCUUCAUAUGCAAAUCGGACAGUUCAUUGCUCACGAUAUCAUUUUUAUGCCAUCUUCUACCGCCAAGGACGGAUCCAGUUUGAACUGCACUUCCUGCUCUUCCCCAACCACUGUCUCCACCAACUGCGCUCCAAUCCCAGCACCAGCCGAUGAUAAGUACUUCAAGCCAGUGUCUAGCUCAGAAGCCAGAUGUAUCCGUCUCACACGUGCUCUCAACGGACAGUCCGGAUUCGGUGUCCGCACACAAAUCGAUCAGAACUCUCACUAUCUCGAUAUGUCUUCAGUAUACGGCUCAUCCGAUUGUGAAGCUCGUACUGUCAGAAGUUUUAGCAAUGGACUUUUGAAGACGAACACCGCAAGUGGAUAUGUUCUCCCACCACAAGCUCCAAAUGACACCAACUGUCAAUCCAAAAAUCCUUACUACUGCUUCACCGCAGGAGACUUCAGAAAUUGCCUUCACCCUGGACUCUUGCCACUCCACGUCAUCUUCAUCAAGGAGCACAACCGCCUUGCCGCCAAGGUGAAAACCGCACAACCAUCAUGGAACGACGAGCAAAUCUAUCAAUUUGUCAGAAAGAUUAUGAUCGGACAAUGGCAACACAUUGUCUAUAACGAGUACCUUCCAAAACUUCUCACCGACAAGUAUCUCACUGAUUUCAACCUGAAGACUAUGAAGCCAGGUGCCGGAGCGUUUAGAGGAUACGAUGCCGGUAUGGAUGCCGCCUUGAGUGGAGAGUUUGCAGCCGCCGCUUUCCGAUUCGGACACAGUCAAUCCAGACAAGACUUUGCUAGACAAGACGCUGCGAACAAGACCAUCGGAGCCUAUGACCUCGGAUACAACAUCUUCUAUUCCGAUCAAGUCUACCAAAAGAGUCUCGGAGGAUGGGAGACCAUGUUGAUGGGGCUCAUCAAGACCGCCGCCAUGACUGUCGACCGCUAUUUCUCCUUCCCAAUCCGUAACCAACUUUUCGAAAUCCGCGGGAAGAAUGCGUCUGGAGUCGACUUGAUCGCUGUGAACAUCAUGAGAGGAAGAGACGUUGGACUCAUGCCAUACGUCAAAUACCGUAGCUUGGUUGGACUUCCAGCAGUGAACACCUGGAAUGAUAUGUCUUCCACUUUCUCUGCAGCUAACUUGGCAGCUUUGAAGACUGUCUACGCAGACCCUGCUGAUGUUGAUUUGUACUCAGGACUUGUCAUGGAGACCCCACUUGCCGGAGGACAAUUGGGUCCAACUGCCUCAUGGAUCAUUGCCGAGCAAUUCAGAGCUCUCAAGACCGGAGAUAGAUUCUACUAUGAGAACCAGGUCACGAACACUGCCGCUUUCACACCAGACCAAAUCGAUGCUAUUCGACGAGUGAAACUUGCCAAAAUUUUCUGUGAAAAUACGGAUAUCAUAACGUCAAUCAAUACCGAUAUGUUCGAUCUGAACAGCAGUCAAGUGGCGUGCUCGUCGAUUCCGGAUCUUGACUUGAGACUUUUUUUCUAA